AUGCCAUACACAUGGCUGGUGCUUCUCAGUAUCUGCUUCAUUGGGCACAUGACGGACUCCCAGUUGGUAUACAAAUUUACCAAGGUCGAGUGCCAGGGCAAUCAGGCGCGGGUGAAAAAUGUUUCCUGCAAUGUGAAGCCGAUCAAUUGGAAUACGGCGUUGGUUAACUUGGAUUGCUAUCUAAUUUACCCAUUAAUAAACCCAACAAUUCGAGUGCAAGUGUUUAUGAAGGACUACAGUAACCAGUACAAGCCAUUCUUGAUUGACGCGACUUUCAAGUUAUGCGACGUGGUCGAAAGGAAGAAUUUUCUGCCCUAUGCCGUCAUGGUUUGGGAACUUUUCCAACGUUUCACGAAUGUUAAAAGCUGCCAUAUAUCGGGUCAGUUAAGUGCAAGGAACGGUUAUCUGAACAGCAGUUACGUGCCACCCUUUCCCCACGGACAAUACCAAAUCAGUGUAAUGUUCAGUGAUUCAAAUUCUACGAAUAGGGAAUUUGUGGGCAUCGUAAAGUUCUUCGUUCAAGCGAUGGACGAAAUAAAAAUUAAAAAGCGCCCUAAAGCUGCCUAA